AAAUUUAAAUUACUCAUUCGAGGCUUUCGACAACGUCAAGCACUCGAGUCAAGAAAUCCCUUCACCGUCCAUUCGUACGGAAAGAAAUUCGCGGUGCUCGCAUAAACUGCAGCUAUUCUGAAAGAGACGAGUAGACGAGUGUUGCAUAGAAGGAAAAGCGAUUAAAAAUGAUAGAAAAAAAUUGACGAUUCAAGGCGGAAGUGGAAACAAACGAAUUUGUGUGUAAAUGCUAAGCCAUCGACUGGAAGGUGGCAGAGUCAGUGUGAACUGUAAGCCAAGCGCGUUGUAGAAAUUUACAUAAUUUCCGCAAAUAACCGCCGAAGCUCUAGAAAAAGACCAAAACAAAGAAUUCAUUAGUGUCGAAAUAAGCGUCGAAGCAGACAAACAAACUGCAAAAGUUUCAUAACAAAAGUGUGCCGUCGUCUUUUGGAAGUUUUUGUAUCUGUGAAAAACACAAUUUAUUGAACAUCAAGUGCCAGAAUUGAACUGUGAGCGAAAACUGCGAACUUUUCAAAUUUGGUGGCUGUCAGUGGAGCGCGUUCAGUGGAGUGUACUUGUGGCAGACAAGGAAUGUUAAUUUAGAAAGUUUUGUCUUUAUGUGCCGCUUGUGAAAUUUAAUAUAAAAUUAAAAAAAAAACACAAAGUGUGAAUUUAAGAAUUUUACGCGUCUCAGCGAAAUGUCAUUAAUAGGGUGUCAGUUGUUGGUGACAGUGACGGCAACGUUACUAGUUUGCCUUUUGGCAGCAGUGCCACCGACAACGAUAAAUGAAGUCGCCGCAGCCAAUAUUGAAAAUGACAUUCUGUAUUAUUCAUACGAAUUGGAGCGUUGGGUCGAUGUAAAUCAACGUCCCUGUCAGGACUUUUAUGGGUAUGUGUGCGGUAAAAGUUUGAAUACAACGCAGGCACAAUAUGAGCAGCGCUUGCAGCAGGAGCAGCAAAAGUUUGAUAAUUUCUUAACAGCUGACAAUGAUGAACUGCUGCUUGAUGCUGAAUUGAAACUUAAGCAGUUUUAUGAUUCUUGCAAGCAUGCACGCACCAUUGACGAUCUGAAGAGUACGCUUAUGUAUCGCUUUAGUGGUGGUUGGCCUGCUAUCGACGAUAGUGCGGCAAUGAUCCGAAAAAGACGUAAUAUGACUUGGAUGGGUGUUGUUGGGGCUUUUAACGAAGUGGGUUUAGAAUAUUUCUUCCGGCAUCGCGUCGAUAUCAAAUCAAAUAAACGUACUGUGCUACUUGAACCAGAUGAUUCGACACGUUACACUUUGCGUAAGUACGAACAAUUGGCAGGUGAAGUUUUGCAGGAAUAUGCGGUGGAUGCAGGACGUGCACGUCUAGUGGCAUUAGAAAUUUUAAAUUUCGAGCGAAGUCGUCGUGAGAUACUAAAAGCCGAGGUGGCAGAUGGUGAAUUGGAAUUCAAUUAUGUGGAUUUUAAGUUAACUUUGUCUGCUGCAGCCUUAAAAAUUGAUUGGGAUGCAUAUUUUAAGAAGAUUUUGGGCAAGCCACUUAAACCUAGCGAUACUGUCUUGGUAAGACAAAUGCCAAAAUUGGUUGAAUUAUUUGGUUUACUGCAAAACACAACAAUGACGCGUUUGUUGAAUUGGAUAUGGAUUGACUAUUUAAUGGACAAAAGCAGUUCCAACUGUCAGAUGCUUACUAAGAACUAUUUUGAACCUGUCUAUCAGCACGUCGUCGUACAUUCUUCCGUAGACAAAGUGCAAAUGGCACAAAUGUACGCAGAUCUAGGACGUGCCUAUGAAGAAUUAUUACCAUCAACCGCAUGGAUUGAUGAAAUGUCACAACAAAACUCCAAGCAAUUUCAGAGUCGCAUUAUACAUUUGACAUUAAAUGGUGAUGAGAAGUUGGAUGCUGACUUGGCUACAGUAACAAUAACAAAAAGGAACUUUUAUCGCAAUUUAGAAAAGACACAACGAUUUCUGGCUCAAAAGCGUAAAGAAGAGCAACGUGCGAGUGCACGUGUUACCGGUAACGCAAUUGAGGUAAGUCAAGCGGCUACGGACUUCAUGAAGAUAUUCUUGGCAAUUAAUGCACUAUUACCGCAACAAAAUCUGAGCACACCACUCAAUUAUGCUUUGGUCGGUGAACACUUCGCAGAGCAAAUGAUAGCUACCGGUAGUAGUUCAACUACGCCAGGGGCAUGGCGUAGCAUGGAUUCAGAACGUGAGUUUGGCAUCUUUAAACAUUGCAUUGACAGACAGACAGCAAAUACUGCAGCAGCCAAUUACAAUAGCAAUGAUUUGGUGUUGAAAUUACUCGCUCAACAACAGACGUUGCAUGCUUUUGAACAAUGGCAACAGAAGAAUCUGUUACUAAUGAGACGUCUGGAUACUUUGUUGGCAGCUGGCAGAUUGCAAUUAUCGAUGCGUAAAUUAUACUUUGUGGGCUCGGUUAUGACAAAUUGCAGACUGAAUCCAAGUCUAAAACAGAAAGAAUUAGUGCAUAGAUAUUUAAGAAACUCACAGGCUUUUACACUGGCAUUUGGUUGUCGCAUUAAUGAGGAUUUAUAUGCAAGAAAUAUUUGCAAAGUCUUAUAAACGAUUUCAAUGACUUUAAAUAUGAUUUUGUGAAUUAGUUAAAUUAUAAAAAAUAAU